CAGAAAUUAAUGGCCAUGAGUUCGUAUAUGGUGAACUCUAAGUAUGUGGAUCCCAAAUUUCCUCCUUGCGAGGAAUAUUUGCAGAAUAGCUACUUAGGCGAGCAGGGGGCCGAGUACUACAGUGCCUCGCAGGGCGCUGAUUUCCAGCACCAGGGACUCUACCCACGGUCAAACUACAGCGAGCAGCCCUUUAGCUGUAGCAAUGCCCAGGGCUCUGCCGGGCAGCCGCGGGGUCACGGACAGGAGCAAUCCGGCCCGGCGAGCCACUUCCCCGGCCCAGCAGAGCAUUGUCCACCGCCUCCAAUGCCCAACCCGCGAGCCUGCAGCCAGCAGCCGGCCCUCAAACCCCCAAACGGCUCCGCAGUUAAGCAGCCGGCAGUAGUUUAUCCCUGGAUGAAGAAAGUCCAUGUUAACUCGGUGAAUCCCAAUUACAACGGAGGGGAACCUAAACGCUCCCGCACAGCUUACACCAGACAGCAAGUCCUAGAACUGGAAAAAGAAUUUCAUUUUAACAGGUACCUGACCAGGCGCCGCCGUAUCGAGAUAGCCCACACUUUGUGUCUCUCUGAGCGCCAGAUCAAGAUCUGGUUUCAGAACAGAAGAAUGAAGUGGAAAAAAGAUCACAAACUGCCCAACACGAAGGGCAGAUCUUCUUCCUCUGGUUCAAACCCCCAUUUACAAACUGGUUCCAAGGACCAUCAGACUGACUUGACAACUUUGUAG